GACUCCGCCCCGAGCCCCGGCGGCACCAGCCCGGCGCGUCCCUCUGCCCUGCUGCUCCGCUCCUGCCCCUGCCCUUCAGUUCCCGUCCUCUGCAGGUCACAGCCGGGAUGGCUGCAGCCGUCUCCGCUCAGGUAGGGCCUCAGUCUGUCGCAGGGGCAGGAAAUCCCCCUGGAUUCCAGGCCCUGUGGAGCUCCCCUGUCAGAGACGUGAAGGAAGCAAAGAGACAGCCCUUCGGGUGGUGUCUGACUGAAAUAGCUGGGGUCACCGUUCCCAGCUUCGAGAGGCCUUUGAGGACGUGGCGCUGUACUUCACCCGCAAGGAGUGGGAGCUGUUAGGAGAUGGAGACAAGGUGCUUUACCAGGAGCAGAUGCUGAGGAAUUACCAAGCCCUUGUUUCCCUGGGAUAUCAAGGUUUUGCACCUGACUUGAUCUGUUGCAUCCAGCGAGGGGAGAUGGAGCUCUGGGUCUGUGAUGAUGAGGACCCUGGAGAAAGAUCAUGGUCUGAGACCUCAUCCCUAGCAGGUGCUGGGACAAUGACCAGAGCUGAGCAGCGGCCUCCUGAGCAAGAGCCUGCAAACCUAGAGCUGAUUCCAGCCAGGAACCAGCUCUCUGUGCAAUGGGCACAGAGACUGGCUGAGCUCCAAAAGAGCCCUGUGUGCAGGCAGAAAGAAUUGAGGAGCCCUGAGUGUGGCACUCACAGGAAGAAGGCAAUGUAUAUAUGCAAAGAGUGCGGUGAGAGUUUUAGGGAUCAACAGGAGCUCUGGGUGCAUGAGGGAACCCACAGGAGGGAGACAGCCCACCCCUGUGCCCAGUGCGGGAAGAGCUUCCACUACAAAUCCCGUCUCCUCGAGCACCAGAGAACACACUCUGGGGAGCGCCCUCAUCUAUGCCUGGAGUGUGGGAAGAGCUUCCGGUACAAGUAUGGUCUUCUCAUCCACCAGCGGAUGCAUUCAGGGGAGCGCCCCCACCUGUGCCCGGAGUGUGGUAAGAGCUUUGCCCGCCCAGACAACCUCCAGAACCACCUGCGCCUGCAUACUGGGGAGAAACGGUACCACUGCACUGAGUGUGAGAAAAGCUUCCAGUACAAAUCCCAUCUCCGGGAACACCAGAAGAUGCACUCAGGGGAGCACCCUUGCAUCAGCCUGGAGGAUGCGAAGGGUUUCCCAAAACAGUCUCCCCUCUGUGUCUACCAGCAGCAGCACGCUGCAGAGAAGCUGCAUGGCUGUGUUGACUGUGGGAAGAGCUUCUAUCAGCUGUCCCAUCUCCGUGUCCACCAGCGCAUCCAUACGGGGGAGAAGCCCUAUGGCUGUGCAGACUGCGGGAAGAGCUUCAAUGACCCAUCCCAUUUCCGAGUGCACCAGCGCAUCCACACUGGCGAGAAGCCUUAUGGCUGUACUCAGUGUGGAAAGAGCUUUAGGCACAGCAUGUCUCUCACCAAUCACCAGCGCUUGCAUACGGGAGAGAGGCCCUAUUGCUGUGCUGUGUGUGGGAAGAGCUUCACACAGAGUACGGCUCUCACCAGGCACCAGAGAACCCACAGGCAUGACCUUUGCUGUUGAUGUGGGGCAGUUUCUGCUGGCUUUUGUCACCCUCCUCCCCCUGAAGCCGGGGUGGCCUGAAAUGCAUUCAUCUCCUCAUUCAACAGGGUGUGGGACUCAUCAUCACCUGAUGUGGCGGAAGCUGAGAGUUUAGCCAGAUUCACCAAGGGAUUGGACACAUUCUUGAAGGAAAGGGGCAUCAGUCACCAUUGAGGGGCACGGCCUCUGA